AAAAAAAACAAAAACACAAAACAAUCAAUACAAAUGGCCGGUGUCCCAAUCCACGAUGAUGUUGUCGGUGACUUCAACGCAAUGAAAUUGAAGAAGGAAUCCCAAGCUAUCAAGUUUGGUAUGACUGCCAAGUUGGAUCAAGUUGUCGUUGUUGAAAAGCUUGCCUAUGGUACUUCAUAUGAUGAUUUCAUCAACUCCUUGCCAGAUAACGACUGUUUGUAUGCCGUCGUUGACUUCCACUACGAUAACGAAGAUGGUCACAGACAAAAGAUGAUCUUUAUCAAUUGGGCUCCAGUCAAGGCUCCAAUCAAGAAAAAGAUGGUCUAUGCUGCUACUAAACAAUCUGUUAAGGAUAAGUUGGUUGGUAUCUCCUUGGAAAUUCAAGCUACCGAUAAGUCAGAAGUUGAAGCUUCCGUUGUCAUUGAAAGAUGUAACGCCAUCUCCAAGUAAAUUUUUUCUACUACUAAAAAACAACAACACUAAAGUAAAAACACACGAGAGAUUUUGUAUCAUAA